CAUAGAUAUUUAGACUUGCAUCAAGGUCGUGAGGUAAACAUUACCAGUCAUCAAUGGCGAUUAGUAUUGUGUUAAUGUGUCUGGUGCCUGUCUUGGUGUAUGGCAGUGGUUAUGCCUUUACCCCGCCACACUGCUGUCCUCCCAGACAAUUCUCAGCCACGGUCAGCAAGACUGGAGGAACGUUAAAUAUUGCUGAAGGGCCAGAAUCUUUUGAUGAAACCAUUCAGAUCUAUGUUGAUCAUGAUGCUGGCAUGCAGAGGACUUUUAAUACCGGUGUUAACCCUAAUGGGACCACAUUUCCUUACUCAAUUAUCACCAACUAUACCACGACGACAAAUUACUUCCUAAAGGACGAGGAUCAUCACUGCCAGUCCUACGGUUCCUUUCCUGAGACAUUUCUUUGUGUACCAAAGGAAGGUGAAUACAUAGGCAGACGCGUGAUCGGUAGUCAUGACAACAACUUCAGUAUCGACGUGUGGAAAGUAAAACCUGGUCAGACAGCUGAUACAAUGUCAUUUACUUCUGAUGGUUGUCUCCCCUUCGUCAGGACACUUACAGAUUUGUCCUCUACUAAGCCCAGUCAGUCGAUAUUUACGUACAGUAACGUAAACACUGGAGUGCCAGACGGUAUAUUUAACCUCCCAACGUCAUGUCAGCAGCAUUAGUAAUACAUCAUAUGCUUAUUCUUCAUAACGUACUCAUUCAAAGAUUUAGACAAAUGAAAUGGAACAAUAUCGUCAUUAUACAUCAAUGUCAUAUUUACAGAUUUGGGUGUACAUGUGAAACGUCGACAACAUUA